AGCAGCAGCAGCGGCAGCAGCAGUGAAAGCAGCGAAAGAAGCGGCUUUGUCGACUCCCUCUUGCUCCUCCUCUCCCUCUCCCGCUGUCCCGCAGCCUCUCCCGCUCUCCCUUUCCCGCUGUCCCCUCCUCUCCCAGUCUCUCUCUCCCCAUGCCCGGCCGGGCCAUGCCCCCGGCCCGCCCCCGGCCCCGGGCGGGGCUGCCCCAUCCCCGUCUUCAUCCCCGGCCGUCCCGCCGCGGUCUCGCCCCCGCCCGGCUCUGGCCGUGCUGGCGCUGGCGCUGCUGGGCGGGCAUCAGUGCCUGGGGCUGGGGCGGCAUCGCCGCCCUUUGGCUCCGCCUGGCCCGAGCCCGGCCCUGGCCCCGACGUGGGCUCCAGUCCCAGCCCCGGCGCCGGCUCCUCCUGGGCCCCGCGGAGGACACAGGCGGCGCGGCCGCUGCCGCCGCCUCCGCUGCGGCUUCCCCAGCCCGAGCUCCGCCGCUCGGCAGCGCGGCCGCCGGCCCCGAGCCGCCACUGUCCCGUUGCCAGGAGAGAACGCCUGGGCAUGGCCGGCCCGGGGCGCUCGGGGGGCGCUCGGGGGCCGCUCCUGGCCCCGGGCCGAGUGCUGACAGCCGCGUCCCGCCCGCAGGGAAGGCGCAGGAGGCCCUGCAGGAGCGGUACCGGCUGGGUUCGCUGCUGGGCAGCGGCGGCUUCGGCAGCGUCUUCGCGGCCACGCGGCUCUCGGACGGCGCCCUGGUGGCCAUCAAAAGGGUGCCGCAGGAUCGCAUCCGGCACUGGGGCGAGCUGCCCGACGGCACCAGCGCACCCCUGGAGAUCGUGCUGCUGGCCAAGGUGGCCUCUGGCUGCGCUGGUGUCAUUCAGCUCCUGGAGUGGCUCGAGCUCCCCGACAGCUUCUUGCUGGUGCUGGAGCGCCCGGAGCGGUGCCAGGACCUGUCGGGUUUCCUGGCGGAGCGGAGGUUCCUGCCGGAGGAGGAGGCGCGGGGGCUGUUCCGCCAGGUGCUGGAGGCCGUGCGGCACUGCACCAGCUGCGGGGUCCUGCACAGGGACAUCAAGCCCCAGAACAUCCUGCUCGACCUGGCCACCGGGCAGCUGAAACUGAUCGAAUUUGGCUGUGGCGCCUUCCUCCAAGACACAGCCUACACCCAGUUUGCAGGAACCCUGUCCUACAGCCCACCAGAGUGGAUCCACCACCGACGCUACCAUGGCGAGGCAGCGACCAUCUGGUCCCUGGGCCUCCUGCUGUGCCACCUGGUCAUGGGCAAGCACCCGUUCAGGAGGGGCCAGGAGAUCAUCUGGGGGCGGAUCUUGUUCCCACGACGGCUCUCUCAAGAGUGCCAGGAUGUCAUUAAGAGGUGUUUGUCCAUGCAGCCCUUGGACAGGCCAUCCUUAGAAGAGCUUUUCUGUGAUCCUUGGGUGCAGGGUGUUCCUCUGCCCUAGAGGAUGGGAGAGAUCCAGGUGCACAGUUGGAUCCAGGGGCCUGGCAGCUGGGGCCCUGGGCAGAACCCUGACAGCCUGGUCUGGCCCCAGGGAAGGAGAAGGAGCCCCUGGAGAAGCUGCACCAGGUGGGGCUGCUGCUGCUGGAGACACCAAGGACAACCUCAAGGAUGACAAUCUCUUCCU